AUGGCAAAACAGGUCGCCCUCGUCAUUGGAGCUUCUCGGGGCAUCGGGCGACAAAUCGCCAUCGACCUAGCUCGUAACGGAUACGCUGUUGUCGUCGCCGCCAAAACAACCUCAAAUGCAUACGACCCAUCAAUCCCCUUCCCACCAGAUCCCAACUCCCCAUCCUCAACCAUCAACACCGUCGCCCGCGAAAUCACCGAGCUCCACAAGGGGACAUGCACCGCCAUCGCAGUCGACGUCCGCGACGUCUCCCAGAUCAACUCCUUAGUAUCAGAAACAGUCCGCAUAUACGGCCAACUAGAUGUCCUCAUCUACAACUCCGGCGCAAUCUGGUGGUCAUCUGUCACCAACACGCCGGUUAAGCGUUUCCAGUUAAUGCAAAAGAUUAAUCCGGAGGGUUUGUAUGCAAGUGUGCAUGCGGCAUUACCUAUUUUUGAGCGUAAUGGAUGGAAGGGCAGGAUAGUGGUUGUGUCGCCGCCGAUUUAUUCGAGGUUUUUUAGGGGGAAGACGGGGUAUGCUAUGGGCAAGGUUGGGAUGAGUGUAUUGACGAAAGGGUUGGCGAUGGAUUUUGAGAGAGAGGGAAGGAAGAAUAUGGCUAUUACUAGUAUAUGGCCUGCAGUGUCCAUCGAGUCCGCAGCAACAGGAGACUCGGUCCGCAAAGACCCAACCUCCGAACGCGAUCUCCGCAAACCCACAAUCUUCUCCGACGCGAUCCUCGCAAUGCUCAAAGCCCCCGUCCAAAAAGUCAAUGGCCUCCUCGACCUCGACGAAGACUUUCUAAGACGAGAAUGUGGCGUCACAGACUUCUCGAAAUAUGCGGUUGUGUCGGGCUCAAGUCCUCGGCGGAUUAUGCCGGCCAAGUUUCCUGUCCUAGAGGUUGAGGAGCAGGACGAUGAGGGGAAGAGGAUGGAUAGUACUGUGUUGAGGGCUGGGAGGGCGAAAAUCUGA